AUGGGAAGUGCAUCCUCCUCAUCGUUUCUUAGUGAAUGCAGUUGUCGGGAGAGGGUUCCAAAUAUUGAUGAUCUACAUUGGAGUGAGUAUAGUAGAUUGUGCGCUUUCUGCAGAAGAGAGAUUGCACGAAGAAAGCUUCUCUCCAAUUAUUCGUGCUUUGAGAACUCAAAACGAAGAGCUUCCACUGGAUCUUCUCCUCCCAAGACAUUAACCUUGAUUUCAAGAUCGAACGAAGCAACCGCCGCAUAUUCUUCUAUUACCUCACCCACCCUUAAUGUAUCAAAUUCAGCACCCUCUUCCCAUGUAAUAUCAUCAUCAUCAACCGCUCCAAUUUCUUCCAUACAACAUGAAGUAAUUCAUGAAUUGAAAGAUCAAAUUCCCGAUACUUUGUUUUCUUCCUCCACUUCGCAUACCAACACCAACACACGUCAAUACCUUACACCCACAUAUCAAUCUCCCUUAUUUAAAAAAACAAAUCCGAAAAAACAGCUAAAAUGUUCCUCAUCAUUGUUAACCGUUGAAAUGAAAGCUGUCGACGAAAGAGAUUCUUUGCAUUCAAGCAUGAACGCUGCAACACGUACGUCUUCAUCAGCCAUUGGUACAGAUGCUCUGAGGAUUGGAGCAUCUCCUUAUUUGAAAAAAGAAAAUGCAACACCUCAUUCACAACCAUUGAGGAAUCGAGCCACUCUUCAAGCCACCCAAACGGUUCCCGUUGUGAGAAAGAGAAACACAGUCUUGCAACGAGAAGAAUUCUCCUUACCAACAUCACUUCAUGUAAAACAACCUCGUGACAUGAGAAAGUUCUUGAGCCCGUUGCAAAGACUUCAUUCCUCCCCUCCAAACAACAUCAACUUUUUAGACUCACCAGAAAAGAGUCCAGGAACACCACCGAAAAUAACCUUGAAUUUGGGAUCUGCAUUUCCAAACCACGGACGUUCAGAUUUACCUAUCUAUGUCAUUCCUCCACAAUCUCCACCAAGAGAAUGUUGCUCGAGCCAUCAUUCCAAGAAAAUUCAAGACCAUUUAACUCAACUCAAACAGAAAGCACAAAAAAAGAAAUUGAAAAGGACCCUUGUUUUCAAUUAG